GAAGAGGAGAAGAUUCGUGUGGACAUUUUGGAGAACCAGGCUAUGGACGUCUCCAAUCAGCUGGCCAGAGUCUGCUACAGCCCUGAUUUUGAGAAAGUGAAGCCAGAAUACUUGGAGGGACUUCCUACAAUGAUGCAGCACUUCUCACAGUUCCUGGGGAAGAGGCCAUGGUUUGUUGGAGACAAGAUCACCUUUGUAGAUUUCCUCGCCUAUGAUGUCCUUGACCUCCACCGUAUAUUUGAGCCGAAGUGCUUGGAUGCCUUCCCAAAUCUGAAGGACUUCAUCUCCCGAUUUGAGGGCUUGGAGAAGAUCUCUGCCUACAUGAAGUCCAGCCGCUUCCUCCCAAAACCUCUGUACACAAGGGUGGCUGUCUGGGGCAACAAGUAAUGCCUUGAAGGCCAGGAGGUGGGAGUGAGGAGCCCAUACUCAGCACUCUGCCCAGGCUGUGGAGUGAAGCUGGACUCUGCAUCCCAGCACCUGCCUCCCCAUUCCUUUCUCCUG